AUGUCUUCAUUUGUCCCUCGUGCCGCAAAGCGGUUACGGCUUUCCACUCGCACUGUCACACCUUUGCCUGUCCGCGCCUUCUCCUCUUCGCCAUACCUCGCCGAGCAAAAACGCAAUGAUGAGAAGACGACGCAUUUCGGUUUCGAGAGCAUUGCCGAGUCAUUGAAGGAGUCCNNAAAGGUAAGAGCACAUUCGUUCGGCGCCGUCUUCAGCUCCGUUGCCUCCUCGUACGACACAAUGAACGACUUCAUGUCCCUCGGUAUCCACCGCCUCUGGAAAGACCACUUUGUCCGUAGCAUCAACCCUGGCAGUCACACCCCUGGUGCACCACAGACUGGCUGGAAGGUCUUGGAUAUCGCAGGCGGGACCGGUGACAUUGCUUUCCGCAUCCUCGACCACGCGACAAACAUAAACCACGACCCAAACACACACGUCACAAUCUCAGACAUCAACCCCGAUAUGCUUGCCGAAGGUCGCAAGCGUGCUGCUCUNUCCCACUACAACGGUACCGGGAGACUGGACUUUGUAGAGGCCAAUGCCGAGAACUUGCACAUGAUCCCCGACAACAGUAUGGAUCUGUACACCGUCUCUUUCGGUAUUCGCAACUUCACACACAAGGACAUUGCCCUGAAGGAGGCAUUCCGCGUCCUGAAGCCUGGUGGUGUUUUUGCCUGUCUCGAGUUCAGCAAGGUCAACAACCCCGUAUUUGAUUUCGUCUACAAGCGAUGGAGUUUUGCCGCCAUUCCUUUGAUCGGUCAGGUCGUCGCUGGGGACAGAGACAGCUACCAAUAUCUUGUUGAGAGUAUCGAGAGAUUUCCCAGCCAGACUGAGUGGAGGGACAUGAUCAAGGAGGCUGGCUUCGCUGUUCCUGGCGGUGAGAACGGUCAAGGUUGGGAAGACUUGACCAACGGUAUCGCUGCCAUCCACAAGGGUAUCAAGCCCUUGAAAUAG